AUGUGCAGUAAUCGAACGAGAAAAAUAUUACAGCUUCUGCAGCCGAUUCCAGAUGAGUCGCUAACCACAGACGAGCAGUUAAAUUCACAAACUUUAAGACUGGUUUCAAUUGAAACAGUAAUUAGAGAAGAGCGCUGUUCGUCACCUUUAACAAAAGAACAGCUGCAAUUUUUUGAAAACCAUGCAAAUGAAGAAAACUUCCAAUAUUGCUUGAGAGAACUAUCACGAGAGUCGCCAGUAAGCAUGUUAAGCCGAGAAGAUAGUCCUUCUGUUUUGCACUCCCGAGAAAGUAGCCAUUCUCUUUUGAAUUCACAAGAAAAUGACCCGUACGAGACAGAUGCAGACUCAAGUAGCAACUGGUCACCCUCCCCGCGCGUCCGAAAAAAUCCUCGAUUGACUGUUAUAAGUUCAACAUCAGAUUCGUCUGAAUCUAAUGUCGAUGAAAACGUAAACAACAAGAGAAAAUCAAGAAAACGUUUACGUGAUCAAAAAAACUGGAAACGUGAAAUAGCGAAAACAAAAAGAUUAGCGGGAGAAAGCAAUGAUACUUGCGACACUUGUGAUAAGUUCAUAUCAUUAUUGAAGCACGAAACUAAUCCCGAAGAAAGAGAAAAAAUAGAGGAGCAAAGAAAAGAACAUAUUGAAGAUGCUGAUAAGAGUCAAAGGCGUAAAAAUUCAUCUAAUGGUCAGUUUUUGAUUUCACAAUGUGUGUGGCUACAGGUAAGGAAGCAGAAAGAUGGUAUUUUAUAUUAUAAAACCAGUUUCCAUGACGAAGAGUUCUCUGAGAUCAAUCUUAAAAAGAAUACUAGACAAAACCUUAUAUUGUCAAACUCCCUGCCACAGGCUCAUGAAAACAUUCGUCCUAUCAGUAUUGCGAAAUACAAAGAUUUGGUGACGUUAACUCAAUGGAUUGCCGAUCCAGAACUAAAAAAGUUUUACAUUGACCUACCACAUGGUAAUCAACCUGAUAUUAUCGAAGAAUCUGAAAAUCCUGACCUGUGUUAUUAA